GCUAGUUGUUGUUGGCAUUUAACGCGGAGACAGCGUUCGCAGCGCAGCGCGAUGUUCAACGCUAAAGAAUUUGUUUUUUUUUUUUUUUGUUUUUGUUUUUGAAAUAACACGUUAAGAACCACUAAAUGAUAAUUGUGUAGAAUCGUGAUCGAAUCAAGUGCAAAUGCAAAACACACAUAACUGUAGGUGCAAGCAUAACAAAAGAGAAGCUAACUAAAAGCAAAACGACGCUUACUUACAAAAGCGAAGAUAACCACGAAACGACGUUGCGAACGGUGCGACGAAAAAUGAUCGAACGGAAUAUGUGUGCCACCAGUUGGUAAAAGAGACAAUUUAACUCUUAAAUAAAAGCUAAAAGCUGAUACAAAAAAAAAAAAAAAAUAAAAAAAAAAAACGCUAAUCAAGCAAACAAAUUGUUUUUUCUUAUACAUUUUUUUGUCAAAAAUUGCAAUUGUCGUUGCAGUUCGCGGGGUGCAGCUGGUAUUUAUUGUUGUUGUCUAACGUGUUUUAUUUUUUUUUUUUAUUAUUGUUGUUGCGUUUGGUUACGACGUUUCCGAUGAUCUUGGCCUGUUGUUUGGCUUAUUUUUUGUGUGUGCUGUGUUGUUAUUGUAACUCGUUUUGCGCGUGUGAUUCAUGCAACAACAAAAAGCCAUAACAACAGUUAACAGAAAAUGCAGUGAAAUAUGCUAAACAAAUAAACAAAGCAAAGAGCGUACAACAGCUAAAAGAACGAGAAGAGGCCAUCCUGCAACGCGAGCGCGACAUAUAAAAUACGAUAACAAAAUAAAAUAAUACAAAGCGGCGCUCUCUCACACACACACACACACACGCACGCGCGCACGCACACGCGAUAGUUCUUUCUGUCUGGUGGUAGGUGAACACAAAAAAAAAAAAACGUUUUUUUCCCUGUCGUGUGUACAGCUGCUGUCAAGUGCGCAGUCGCAGCCGCAGCCGCAGCAGCGACGCCAAAGUCCUUUAAGCGUGUGUAGUGCAGGCCAUCUCGCUCUCACAUACAUAUGCCAUACUGUCCAGCUAGAUGAAUAGCAACGCACACACACACACACUCACCGAGAGAAUCGUGUGCAGCUGCUGAGGAGCAGAUGAAAGGAGAAGAUGAUGCCAAAGCCAAAUGCCAGUAACAGACAGCAACAACAGCAGCAGCAACAGCAACAACAACAACGUGCAGACGAGCAAAAUAUGUAUCUAGAUUAAUAAGAAAAACAACAAGAACGAAAGCGACUGCAACUGCAUUAAUACAUUCCCCACACAAGUGCAUUAUUAAUAUAUUUAAUCAAAGUGUUAUCGAACGUGUUAUCGAACGUGUUAUCGAAACUAUGAAGGUUACCGUUUGCUUCGGCGAUGUUCGCAUUUUGGUGCCCUGCGGCAGCGGCGAGCUUCUCGUCCGGGAUUUGAUCAGCGAGGCCACGCGACGCUACAAAAAGGCAGCCGGCAAGGAAGCGGACUCCUGGGUGGCCGUGCAUCAUCUGCAGACGCAGUCGGGCAUCUUGGAUCCCGAUGAUUGUGUUCGCGAUGUGGCCGACGAUCGGGAACAGAUAUUGGCCCACUUUGAGGACUCUGGGCCCGAUCCGGGCGUGCCGCAGGGCGGCGGCGAUGGCGCCUCGGGCAGCUCCUCGGUGGGCACGGGCUCGCCGGACAUCUUUCGCGAUCCCACAAACACAGAGGCGCCCACGCGCGAUCUGUCCACGCCACACAUUGAGGUGACCAGCACCACGUCCGGCCCGUUGGCCGGGCUCGGCGUGGGCCUAAUGGUGCGUCGCAGCAGCGAUCCCAAUCUGCUCGCCUCGCUUAAGGCGGAGGGCGGCAACAAGCGCUGGUCGGCGGCAGCGCCGCACUAUGCGGGCGGCGAUUCGCCGGAACGACUGUUGCUGGACAAAGCCGGUGGCCAGCUGUCGCCACAGUGGGAGGAGGAGGACGACACUGCGGCACAGUUAAAGGAGCAAUUGCUGCAACAACAGCAGCAGCCACAACAUGCUGCUGCUGCUGCAACGGGCGCCCAUCAGCCAUUCGCCCGCUCCGGCAGACUAUCGAUGCAGUUCCUGGGCGACGGCAAUGGAUACAAGUGGAUGGAGGCAGCCGAAAAGCUGCAGCACCAACAGCACCAACAGCCGCUGCCCACAUCGCUGCCGAACAGCGCCUACUCCAGCAAAUCGCUGCCGCGCGAAAGCAAACGCAAGGAGCCGCUGGGCCAAGCAUACGAGUCCAUACGCGAGAAGGACGGCGAGAUGCUGCUCAUUAUCAACGAGUACGGCAGUCCGCUCGGUCUGACGGCCAUGCCGGACAAGGAGCAUGGCGGCGGUCUGCUCGUGCAGCACGUGGAGCCCGGCAGUCGGGCCGAACGUGGCCGUUUGCGUCGCGAGGAUCGCAUUCUCGAGAUCAACGGCAUCAAGCUGAUCGGCCUGAGCGAGUCCCAGGUGCAGGAGCAGCUGCGACGCGCCCUCGAGUGCUCCGAGCUGCGUGUGCGCGUCCUACGCGGCGAUCAGCAGCGUCGCCAGCAGCAGCGUCGCGACUCCAAGGUCGCCGAAAUGGUGGAAGUGGCUACAGUUUCGCCCACACGCAAGCCGCAUGCCGCUCCGGUGGGCACCUCGCUGCAGGUGGCCAACACACGCAAGCUGGGCCGCAAAAUCGAAAUACUACUGAAGAAGGGGCCAAAUGGCCUCGGUUUUUCGGUGACCACCCGUGACAAUCCGGCGGGCGGACAUUGUCCCAUUUACAUCAAGAAUAUACUGCCACGCGGCGCUGCCAUUGAAGACGGCCGCCUGAAGCCCGGCGAUCGUCUGCUCGAGGUCGACGGCACGCCCAUGACCGGAAAGACCCAAACGGAUGUGGUGGCCAUUCUGCGCGGCAUGCCCGCCGGCGCCACGGUGCGCAUUGUCGUCUCCAGGCAACAGGAGCUGGCCGAGAUGCCCGUUGGCCCGCCGCAAGCGGAACCAGUCGAGAAACCAGCACCCGUUGUGACAGCUCCCGCUUCCGCUCCGAUUCCGGUGCAAAAGUCGAGCAGCGCCCGUUCGCUUUUUCAACAGCAGCAGCUGCAGCAGCAGGCACAGCUCAAUGAAUCUCAGCACUUUAUUGAUGCGGGCAGUGAGUCGGCGGCUUCCAAUGACAGCCUGCCGCCAAGCAGCAGCAGCUGGCAUUCGCGGGAGGAGCUAACUCUACACAUUCCUGUCCACGAUACCGAAAAGGCUGGCCUUGGGGUCAGUGUGAAGGGCAAGACGUGCUCCAAUCUGAACGCCUCCACGCCCAGCAGCAGCAGCAACAGCAGCAUGAAGCACGACGGUGAUCUGGGCAUAUUUGUGAAGAACGUGAUCCAUGGCGGCGCCGCAUCACGGGACGGGCGCCUGCGCAUGAACGAUCAGCUACUGAGCGUAAAUGGUGUCUCGCUGCGCGGCCAGAACAAUGCCGAGGCCAUGGAGACACUGCGUCGCGCCAUGGUUAACAAUCCGGGCAAGCAUCCGGGCACCAUUACCCUGCUAGUCGGACGCAAGAUCCUGCGCUCGGCCAGCUCCAACGAUAUACUGGAGCACAGCCAUAGCCAUAGCAACAGCAGCAGCGGCAACAGCAACAGCAACAACAAUAACAACAACAGUAGCUCCAAUGCCAGCGACAACUCUGGCGCCACGGUCAUCUACCUGAGCCCUGAGAAACGUGAACCGCGCGGCAGCGGCAACGGACCAGGCAGCUCCGGCAGCGAUAUGAAUAGAUGGAGCAAUCCCGUUUUGGAUCGUCUAACCGGUGGCAUUUGCUCCACAAACUCAACGCAGCCAACACAACAACAACAAAAGCAACAGCAGCACCUGCAGCAGCAGCAGCAGCAACAGCAGCUGCAAUCGCAGGCGCAACAGCGCCGUUUGCCACCGCCCCCGCUGGGUGGCAACAAUGCGGGAUUGCGCAACGAGAGUUACUAUAUGGCCACCAAUGACAACUGGUCGCCGGCGCCGCUGCAGCUGCUCAAUGGGCAUGGCAACACGGCGCUGCUCAUCGAGGACGAUGCGGAGCCCAUGUCACCCACGCUGCCAGUGCGCUCACAUGAUGGCCAGCACUGCAACGCGAGCAGCGCGAACACAUCGCAGGCGAGCGCCGGCCUGGGGCAGGGCGGCGGAGGCGGCGGAGGCGGAACGGCACCCGUGGCGGGCAGUUUCGAUGCCACAUACUCGUCGCAGCUGAGUCUGGAGACGAACAAUUCGGGCGUGGAGCAUUUCUCGCGCGAUGCUUUAGGCAGGCGCAGCAUCUCGGAGAAGCAUCACGCGGCGCUGGAUGCACGCGAAACGGGCACCUAUCAGCGCAACAAAAAGCUGCGCGAGGAGCGGGAACGCGAACGCCGCAUUCAGCUAACCAAAUCGGCCGUCUAUGGUGGCUCCAUUGAAUCGCUGACGGCGCGUAUCGCCAGCGCGAACGCCCAAAUGGCAGCAGCGGCGGCUGGCUAUAAGCACGCCAAGACCAACUCCCAUAUUGAGCAGCGGGAACAGCAGCUGCUGGCCGCCGAGGCGGAGGCGCGCGAUAAGCUGGGCGACUUGGGCCCCUCGCUGGGCCUCAAGAAGUCCUCCUCACUGGAAUCGCUGCAGACCAUGGUCCAGGAGCUGCAAAUGUCCGAUGAGCCGCGGGCUCAUCAUGCGCUGCGCGCACCACGCGGACGCGGACGCGAGGAUAGCCUGCGUGCCGCCGUUGUCAGCGAACCGGAUGCAAACAAGCCGCGCAAGACCUGGCUGCUCGAGGAGGGCGAUCACGAGGGCGGCUUUGCCUCGCAGCGCAACGGACCCUUCCAGAGUUCCCUCAACGAUGGCAAGCAUGGCAGCAAGUCGCGCGCCAAGAAGCCGAGCAUAUUGCGCGGCAUCGGCCACAUGUUUCGCUUUGGCAAAAAUCGCAAGGAUGGCGUUGUGCCCGUCGAUACCUAUGCCACAUCCUCGAUUGUAUCCUCGACGCCGCCAGCAACUGGCCAGCCCCACCAACACCAGCAUCAGCAUCAGCAGCAAAUCCCAGCCGCUGCACUUGCCGCACUGGAACGCAAUGGCAAACCGCCAGCGUAUCAACCGCCGCCGCCGCUGCCAGCACCAAAUGCAGCUGGUGGCGGUGGUGCAGCAGCAGCAGUGGCAGGCGUUGCAGCUGCCACAGGAGGCGGCAACGGCGGCACCCUUAACAACGGUGGCAUACAUCAGAAUGAUAUAUUCAAUCAUCGCUAUCAGCAUUAUGCCAACUAUGAGGAUCUGCACCAGCAUCAGAUCAGCGACGGCGUUCAAGAGACGCUCUCGGAGUCGACGAUCGAGUGCAUGCGACAGCAGGUGAUCCGGCAGCGCAUCAAGGUUGAGGCCGAAAGUCGCCGUCAUCAGCAUUACCAUUCGCAGCGCAGCGCCCGCUCCCAGGACGUCAGUAUGCAUUCCUCAUCCAGCCCACAGCAGCCACCACUGCCGCUACCCCCCUCCGCGGCAGCCGUUGCCGCCGCACAUCAGUCACAUCAGCAAUCCAACGGACUGCGCCCCAUGAGCAGCUACUACGAGUACGACACCGUGCAGCAGCAGCAGCAGCGCGUCGGCAGCAUCAAACACAGCCAUAGCCACCAUGGACACCACAAUGGCAACUCUUCGUCGCCCAUCAGCGUGAAUGUGGCACAGCCGCACUGGAAGGCAGCCGCACUCAAUGGCUAUUCGCCGGCAUCAUUGAACAGCAGUGCACGCAGCCGCGGACCGUUUGUCACCCAGGUGACCAUACGCGAACAGACCGGCAUGCCGCAGACGCAAUCGCAAUCGCAGCCACAGCAGCCCACCUAUCAGACCGUGCAAAAGAUAGCGACAGCGCAGUCGCAAUAUGGCAGCGCUGCCGGCGCCCAGCCGCAUGCGUCCAAGGUGUGACUAUAGGUGCUGGCGCAUGCGCGCGCCACACGCGACGUCCUCGUGGAGGGCCAGCACAGUCGCCAUUCGGAGCUGAGCGAGGUGGAGGUCUUCUACUAUGCCACCGAGUGCUGACUCAUUCCACCAGGCGGCUGAAUGGGUGGGCGAGGGCACCGAUGGUUGACGGGGGGGUUAGAGGUCGCGUGUGAGUCGCAAGCGGCCGGCAAAAGCAAGCAAUCAACUGGAAAGCAGUUUGUUUAUUUUUUUUUUGUUUUAUAAAUAUAAAUAAAAUAAAAUGAAAUAUAAUUUUUUUUCAUCAUUUGACAAGGGCAACAUACCCACACACACACACACCCACACACAUAUGCUUAUAGUUAAGCUCAUUAAAAAAUACAUUACACAAUGAAAGUAUUCCACGUGAAGCGCAUAUUGAAGAGCAAUAAAUGUUACUUUAUAAUAAACAGAAUAAUUAUACAAAUAUCAAAUAUUAAAUUAAAGCAAGACAAAGUGUUAAUUUAAAGAAGAAACCAAUGCACUGCGCUUAAAUUAAGCUAAACAUUUAUAUUGUAUUAAUCGCUAAGUCUAAGUCAAAGACCAUGUAAAUAAUUAUUAAAUGUAGUUUUUAUUGUGCGCGCACUUAGGAUGAGAGUUAAUUGAAUAACGAAAUAUCAUUUCAUAUGACAGCUACAUACAAAUAGGCUGCAUUCGAGUCGCAAAAAACUUCAUUUGUUCAGACAUUUGUUAAUAUUAUAUACAUAUACAUAUAGCAUAUACAAAUAUAUAUGCUAGAUUAAAAGCUAUUGGCUUGUAUACGAUCAUAAAAAUACACUUUCAAUUGUAUUUUUGGCGCUUUAACUAAGCCAAAAUCAUGCUGUAAAUAUAUAUAACUGGCAUACACACGUAUAUAUAUUUAGACAUACGCAUAUAAAUCUACACAAACGUUUUUUUUUUUGUUCGUUUAGCUUUAAAGCAAACGCCAUUUUGUAUGCAAAAGUAAAAGUUUAAAAGUAAAACUUGAAAGUCCCAAUAAUUUUUUUUUGUAAUCUAUAUAUAUAUAUAUAUAUUUAUAUAUAUUAUGAUGAUUAUCAUAUAUUGAACUAAGCUAUAAAUAUUACUUAAUUAUGUGUUAGCAUUAAACAAAUGUUGUGCAGCCAAAACUGGCCCCGACACACAACAUUUGGGCGCUUACCGAGACAAUUUCAUAUUAGAUAUCGUAUAAUUAUAAAAUCAUACACAUACGCUACAUAUUGUAAUAAUUGUGUAUUUUGUAUAUUGCAAAAUUCUGUUGCGCAUUAAAUGACUAAGUUUCAAUAUAAUAUCAAAAUAG